AUAUUUAUAAUAAUAAACCCAGGGGCAGACCGAUCCUCUCUCUUCCGCAAUAAGAGAAAAUUCAUCCUUACUCCCCUGAUGCACAUUGCUUGAACAUUGAACUCAAGAACUCUCAAACCAGGUUGUAGAAGCCGUUUGGGGAUCUAGAUGGGUGCUAGAAAACCAUGGUUUCUCAUCUUUUUCCUCUUGUUUCUCGUACUCACUUCAGGUUCAAAUGUUGCAGAGAAACCUCCUUCAGAAGCAAUCCAGCAGCAAAUCAAGUACCUGCAUGCUCAAGCAAACCGGAUGCUUUUUACAUCGACAGAAUCCACCACCCAAAUGGAUGCAACUCCUGGAACUAUUCCUAUUGUUAACCCCUCAACUCCGACCACAGCGACGCCAAUUGUAAAUCCAACCACACCUCCAUUACCACCAACCCCAACCACCCCAACCACAACCCCGACCACCCCAACCACAACCCCAACCCCAACCACCACAACCCCGACCCCAACCACCACCACCCCAACCACCACCCCUACCACUCCAACUUCAUCAGGUGGGACUUGGUGCAUUGCGAACCCUAGCGCUUCACAAACUGCUUUACAGGUGGCUCUUGACUAUGCCUGUGGCUAUGGGGGAUCAGAUUGUUCAGUGAUACAGCCAAGUGGAAGCUGUUACAACCCAAACACCAUCCAUGACCAUGCUUCUUACGCUUUCAAUGACUACUACCAGAAGAAUCCAGCACCUACUAGCUGUGUUUUUGGAGGAACUGCACAACUGACCUACACAGACCCAAGUUCGGGAAGUUGCCACUAUGCAUCAUCCUCGACAUCACCAGCAUCACCUACACCACCAACGCCACCUACACCACCAAGCACAAGUUCGCCACUCACUCCAUCCACCCCUAGCGGAUCAACAAUUUAUGGUUCAGAACCAUCAGCUACUCCCAGCUCAGCAGCCUGUGUGUCGCGUAGCUUAGUGCUGGUCUUUGCCGCAACUUGUCUCUUGGUGCCAGUAGUUGCUGCAAAUUACCUCUAAACAGACCAAUGCUCAGAUCCGUUUUCCCACCACAAUGAGAGCGCUGUUCGCUCGCAAAUGUCGCAAAGUUCCAAUGAGGUGCUGCAAAUCAACGACAAGAUAUACACAUCUCAAAGGCCGCCUUUUUCACCCUAAGAUCAUUUCUAUACUUCUACAUCUAUGUAUGCUUUAUAAUUGACUAGGAAGUAAUGGAAAAUUGAAGCAUAGAGUAAUCUAAUUAGUUCAUGUACCUGUAGAGACAUUUAAAAAAAAUCAGCUACUGUCUAAA